UAUUCUACAUAUUACUAAUCUAUGAUUCAUUGAUUCUGAUUCACUUGCCUGCCUGUCUGUCCUUCAACAAAUGUCAUUUUUGUACUCCAUCUUGUAAGGAGUAAACGUGUCUAGUGAGAAUCUUUUAAGAAUCUUCCAUUAAUUUCCGAAAUCAUGUCGAAGAUUGGUAUCAACGGAUUUGGCCGCAUUGGUCGCCUGGUGCUCCGCGCCUCCAUUGAGAAGGGAGCCUCAGUCGUUGCCAUCAAUGAUCCCUUCAUUGGCUUGGACUACAUGGUCUACCUCUUCAAGUAUGAUUCCACUCAUGGUCGCUUCAAGGGAACCGUUGAGGCUUCUGACGGCAAUCUCAUUGUAAAUGGAAACAAAAUCGCUGUCUUCUCAGAAAGGGACCCCAAAGCCAUCCCAUGGGGCAAGGCUGGUGCUGAGUAUGUUGUAGAAUCCACAGGAGUAUUCACCACUACAGAAAAGGCAUCUGCCCAUUUGGAAGGUGGAGCCAAGAAGGUUAUCAUCUCUGCCCCCAGUGCUGACGCGCCCAUGUUCGUCGUCGGUGUCAACCUUGAGGCUUAUGACCCCUCCUUCAAGGUCAUCUCCAAUGCUUCAUGCACCACCAACUGCUUGGCCCCUCUUGCCAAAGUAAUCCAUGACAACUUCGAAAUUGUUGAAGGCCUUAUGACCACAGUUCACGCCACCACCGCCACCCAGAAGACUGUUGACGGUCCCUCUGGUAAACUGUGGCGUGAUGGCCGUGGUGCACAACAAAAUAUUAUUCCUGCCUCCACCGGCGCAGCUAAAGCUGUUGGCAAAGUCAUUCCCGCACUUAAUGGAAAGUUGACUGGUAUGGCUUUCCGCGUUCCCGUCGCCAACGUGUCUGUUGUAGAUCUGACCGUCCGUCUUGGCAAGCCCGCCAGCUAUGACGCCAUCAAACAGAAGGUCAAGGAGGCAGCUGAAGGUCCCCUGAAGGGCGUGCUUGGAUACACCGAAGACCAAGUGGUGUCUUCCGACUUCAUCGGCGACACCCACUCGUCCAUCUUCGACGCCGCCGCCGGCAUUUCCCUCAACGACAACUUCGUCAAGCUCAUCAGUUGGUACGACAACGAGUUUGGCUACUCCAGCCGUGUCAUCGACCUCAUCAAGUACAUCCAAACCAAGGAUUAAAUUUAUUAGAUUUUUAUGAAUAAUUAUGAUUUAUCGUCGAAAAUGUCGAUGCUUAUGUUAAGUUUUAAGUAUAGAUGUGUAAUCUAAAUUAUUGAACUACUUUGAUAGUAGUGUCAUGUGUAUUUUAAUGUUUCGUCGUUACAAAAGAGAAUUAUUGUAAUAGUAACCAGUCUGAGGCAAAUACUAUAUCGUGUAUGUAAGCGCUAUAAUUAAAUACAAAUUCACACCUUA